AUGCCAUAUCAUGGGAAAACUAUAUUUAAAACCUCUUUUAAAUUAUUUAAAGAGGAAUAUUUUGAUAAAUGCAAAAAGCUGAUUUUGAAUAAAAUUUUAUAAUUUAUAUAUGAAACAAGAUAGAAUGGAAUAUUAUUUAAUAAAAAAAUCAAACAACCCAUCUAAAUAUUUUCUAUCAUGGGUUUUAAAUAAGUUGAAUUGAAUUAUAUGCGAGCAUAUGAAAGAGAUGAUUAUAUUUGA